AUGUCGGACCCCAACACCUACACUGUCGGCUGGAUCUGUGCCCUCAGCACCGAGUACACAGCGGCCCGAUGCUUUUUGGACGAGAAACACGAGCAGCCGACGUCAGUUGCAGCGCAUGAUGGAAACAUCUACACGGUGGGCAAGAUGGGAAACCAUAACGUGGUCAUUGCUGUCAUGCCCGAGGGCGUAUAUGGUACAACCUCUGCGGCUGCCGUUGCGAGGGACAUGCUUCACAGCUUCCCCAACGUUCGAAUUGGCCUGAUGGUGGGCAUUGGCGGUGGCGCCCCGUCUGCUAAGAAUGAUAUUCGCCUAGGUGACAUCGUCAUCGGCUCCCCGACCGCUGGGGAGGGCGGCGUGAUGCAAUACGACAUGGGCAAGGCGAUGCAAGGCCAGGGCUUCAAGGCCACCGGGUCUCUGAACCAGCCACCAAGGCUCCUCCUAUCUGCCGUGAGCGCUCUCAAGGCCGAGUAUCAAGACUAUGACGGCGACCGCCAUAAAAUCGUUGAGACGGUCGGCGGCCUUCUCCAGAAGAAGAAGAGGCUCAACAGGCAAUACGGAAAGCCAAACCCUAGCACCGACAUUCUGUACGUCAGUACCAAGGUUCAUGGGAAUCCAGACAGGCUCUGUGAUGUGACCUGCGCCCAAGAUAAACGUGCUAUCAUCCAGCGACCUGAGCGUGCUAUUGACGUCGAGGAAGAGUUGAGAAUCUUCCAUGGCCUGAUCGGCUCAGCUAACCAGGUGAUGAAGGAUGCCACGAUCAGAGACCGGUUGGCCGCAGAGAAGAAUGUCUUGUGCUUUGAAAUGGAGGCUGCAGGGUUGAUGAACCAUUUUCCUUGCCUCGUGAUUCGGGGAAUAUGUGAUUACAGCGACUCCCACAAGAACAAGGCUUGGCAGGGGUAUGCAGCUAUGGUCGCAGCGGCGUAUGCCAGGGAUCUCUUGGACCUCAUUGCCCCCAACAAGGUUGAGCUUGAGCAGAAGAUCAGCAAAAUUCUUGGGAACGUCCAACAGCAAGUGGCCCAGGUCGGACAAAGCUUGGUAUUAGCCCGACAAGAUGUGGCGGCAAUAAAGUCCAACAUUGACGACAACAAGGAGAAUGACACCCUUGACUGGAUUGCACCAGACGAUUACGCCCACCAACACGACGAUAUCCUUAGCCGGAGGCAGCCAGGAACAGCCCAGUGGAUUCUCAACCAUCCGGAAUUCAAGGAAUGGUUUUUCCGGAAGGGAGGCUCCUUAUUCUGCCGCGGGAUGCCUGGGGCCGGCAAGACCGUGCUCACGGCCGUCGUAGUCGACCAUUUCCUGAGGUUGAAACGGGAAAGCAAGGAUGGGUCAGCCCUCGGCGUCGCUUAUCUAUAUUGCAGCUUCUCACAACAGGUGAGGCAGACCCCAGAGUAUUUACUGUCGAGCAUGUUGAAGCACCUCAGUCAGGGGUGCAGUCCACUGCCCGAGAGUGUCAAACAGCUCCACAAGAAGUACAAAGGAGCCAGAACGAGACCACCCUUGUCCGAUAUACUCGUCUGCAUCGAAUCCGUUGUAGAGAGGUGCACACCAACCUACAUCUUCGUGGAUGCUCUCGACGAGUGUUCAAGGGAGUGUCGGCUGCGGUUGCUCAAGGUACUUUUUCACCUCCGAGAUCUUCAUGGCGCCAACAUUUUCACAACAUCGAGGCCUGAUCGCGAGAUUGAGAUGAGCUUCCCGAGCACGUCAAUUCUGGAAAUCAAGGCCGAUGCCAACGACGUAGGGCGAUACUUAGAUGCUCACAUGGUGGAACUCCCCCGGUUUGUCGGCGCUCAACCAGAUCUGCAGGAGAGGAUUAAGGCUGCCAUAAUGGCGGCUGCAUGCGGCAUGUUCCUCCUGGUGCGCCUGUAUCUUAGCUCCCUGAAGAAGAAAGAAACGCCGCGGCAGAUUGAAGAGGCCUUGGCCGAUCAUGACAAGAGGUAUGAAGACCUGUACAAAGAAAUCAUGAACCGCAUCGAAAAGUCGGAGCAGGCUUCGUUUGCCAAAAAAGCUUUGUCAUGGGUGGCGCGCGCAAGACGGCCUCUGACAACGUCGGAGCUCCUCCAUGCUCUUGCGGUAAGCACGGGAGACAAAAGCUUCGACAGGAGGAACUGCUCCGACAUGGGAGUGGUUAUGUCAGCCUGCGCAGGUCUCCUUACGGUUGACCAGGAGAGCGAUAUUGUUCGGCUCAUUCACCACACGGCUGAGGAGUACCUGAGAAGUGAUUCUGGGAAACGGAGGAUCCGUCCCGAUGCGGAGGCUUACAUUGCCAACACAUGUGUCACGUAUCUAUCGUUCGACGACUUCGCCAACGGGUUCUGCGCCACGGACAAGGACUUCGAAACCCGACUGCGGGAGUACCCCCUUUACGGCUAUGCGGCACGUAACUGGGGAUACCAUGCGCGCGAAGCCUGUUUGAGUAGUAACAGCAGCAAGAUCCUUCGGGACUUCCUGGGCAGUUCCAAGAAGACGGAAGCCGCAGGCCAAGCCAUGCUGGUGGUUGAGGAGUACAUGCUCUGGCCCGGCUAUAGUCAAGAGAUCCCUAGUGGUGCAAAGGGCCUUCAUCUAGCUGUGCAAUUCGCCGCUGCAGACAUCAUAAACGAUCUCCUAGACCGCGAGGAGACAGCGGACCGCAAUGUGCAGGACGGUCAGGGCCGCACGCCGCUCAUGUGGGCCGUGUCAUUCGAAAACGUCAAGAUCACUCAAUUGCUUCUCGACCGUGGUGCGGAUCCGAACUUGAAAGACAAGGACGGCCAAACUCCGCUUUCCUUGGCCUCCCAAAAUGGCCUCACACCCAUUGUCGCGGCGCUGCUGGAAUCAGGACUCGUGGAUAUGAGUAGCGAGGCGCAAAAGGACAACGAAGACCUGCUGCCACUGUCUUGGGCGGCUCGUAAUGGCCAUAUGGAUUCCGUGAGGCUGUUGCUUACCCAUUCCGACCCCAGGGAGGGACAGGCUGACAGUGCGCUGCUAUGGGUCAUUUCCGGCGGGGAUGAGGCCGUAGUGGAGCUCAUCGUCCAGACGGGCUUACAGAGAAUGGAUGCGGGCUGGAAAGACCGAGUCGCGCCCAAGGCCCUGUGUUUGGCCGCUCAGGACGGCCAACUAUCCAUGGUUUCCUUGCUGCUCCGCACUCUCGGAGCGGAACUUGAUUGCCGUGAAAGCCUUGGGCUCAUGACGCCGCUCAUGAAAGCCGCUCAGUACGGACACGGGGACGUGGUUCGGGAAUUGCUCGGCCGGGGUGCGAACCCAAGCCUCGAGGACAGCAAAGGCCGAACUGCAUUCUCGUUAGCCGUGGGGUUCGGCCGGGACACUGUCGUUUCCAUCCUCCUUGCAGAUGCUCGAGACGCCAUCAAUGUUGACGGUAAAGAAACGGGCGGCCGCACGCCGCUGUCGCUUGCCGCGGGUUGCGGCUACGAGGACAUCGUGAAAAUCUUGCUAGAACUCGAGGAUGCGGUGGAUGUUGACUCGCGCGAUACGUACAAGCAAACGCCACUGUUGUGGGCCGCGGAAGGCGGCCACACGGAGAUUGUACGUCGGCUCCUCAACACGGGCAGGGCGGAUGUCAACGCGGCCAGCUUGCUCGGCCACACGCCGCUUUCCAAGGCCAUUGACAACCUCGCCGUGGACACAGUGAACGUUCUGAAGGAACACGGCGCGAAGAUAGCGGUGAAGGAGGUCGAGGAUAAGCCAGAGAAGGAGGAUAAGGGGUCUCCUCUCGGGUCUAUUUCCCCAGCCAGUCACUGUACUGUCUCCACAGAGGGUCAGCCAAGCGAGCCCGAUGCCGGUAGUGUUAGUGACGAUAGUUCCGAGCUUGAGUACAGUUUCCACUCAGAUGAGGAGGAGUCAUGGGAGUACUAA